UUCCGUCUUUCCUCCUUCGUCCCAGUAAAAACCAAUCACUCCACUUCGCUUGUCCGAGCGAAAUUUUAAAUCUUUAGAAAAAUCAGACAAAUUAUUUUCCAUCGGAGCUGAUUUUCCGUUCCAGAUAGAAAGGAGAAGAAGUCAUGGAGAUUGCGAUUUGUGGGAAAUUAGCUGUCUCACCCAAUCAUGUCUUCAACCCCAAACCAGGGGACAGAAGCUCUAUGUGUAAAGGGUUAUGCUUUAACUUUGGUGCGUCGGUUGUUAAAUCAGCAGCAACAGCAGGAAGAGGAGGAGGGUUGUUGGAGAGACCUGUUAUUGAGAAAGCAACUCCUGGAAGGGAAUCAGAGUUUGAUAUGAGGAGAUCAAGGAAAAUGACACCACCUUAUCGUGUCAUUUUGCAUAACGACGACUUCAAUAAACGAGAAUACGUAGUUCAAGUACUCAUGAAAGUCAUCCCGGGAAUGACGCUUGACAAUGCAGUUAACAUCAUGCAAGAAGCUCACUACAAUGGCUUGUCACUGGUAAUCAUCUGUGCUCAGGCUGAUGCUGAAGAACACUGCAUGCAACUUAGAGGCAACGGGCUGUUAAGUUCAAUUGAACCUGCUAGUGGUGGAUGCUGUUAAGACCUUUCUUCAUUGGAAUAUACAUUCAUGUGUUCAAGCUUGUCUUCAUAACUGAAAGGAUGAAGAUGGGUUGGCAUUAAAAAAGAGAGGAAAGAAAUGAAGAAGGAAGAAGAAAGGAAACUGGUAUGUAAGUAGAGUAUUGGAACUCCUUUGAUAUUUUGUUUGUUUUGAGAGUAGAAAAACUUUGCUUUGUCUUCCUUCUUUGAUUAUUUUAAUUGUGUUUCUUUUAACAUAAAAAGGUACGUGCGGGAGAAUUGUAUAGGAAAACCUUCCCCAAAGGUUGAUGAUAAAUAUAACAUAGAAAUUUGCAAA